GCCACUGUUACUAGCGAGGGGAAGAUGGCGGCCGCGACUGUGGUGGUUCCCGCAGAGUGGAUAAAGAACUGGGAGAAAUCAGGGAGAGGCGAUUUUUUGCAUUUAUGCCGGAUUCUCAGUGAAAACAAAAGCCAUGACAGUUCGACCUACAGAGAUUUUCAGCAAGCUCUCUAUGAGUUGUCAUACCAUGUCAUUAAAGGAAAUUUAAAGCACGAACAGGCAUCCAGUGUUCUUAAUGACAUUAGCGAAUUCCGUGAGGAUAUGCCUUCUAUCCUUGCUGACGUGUUCUGCAUAUUAGAUAUUGAGACAAAUUGUUUAGAAGAAAAAAGCAAGAGAGACUAUUUUACACAAUUGGUAUUAACAUGUUUGUAUUUAGUUUCAGACACAGUUCUGAAGGAACGAUUGGAUCCAGAAACUUUGGAAUCUUUAGGGCUUAUCAAACAAUCACAGCAGUUCAACCAAAAGUCAGUUAAAAUCAAGACAAAACUCUUUUAUAGCAGCAAAAUUCAAUUUUAAUAGAAGAAAAUAUGAAAGGGUUGUGCCAAGCUGGUUUGAACUGAGGCAAAAGAUUUAUCUGGAAAUAUUACUAAUGAUUUAAUAUUAGAAAAUAUCAAAUCUUUAAUAGGAUGCUUUAAUCUGGAUCCCAAUAGAGUUUUGGAUGUCAUUUUAGAAGUAUUUGAAUGCAGGCCAGAACAUGAUGACUUCUUUAUAUCGCUAUUAGAAUCUUACAUGAGUAUGUGUGAACCACAAACACUGUGUCAUAUUCUUGGAUUCAAAUUCAAGUUUUAUCAGGAACCAAGUGGUGAGACGCCCUCGUCUUUGUACAGAGUUGCAGCAGUCCUUCUGCAAUUUAAUCUCAUUGAUCUAGAUGAUCUUUAUGUACAUCUCCUCCCAGCUGAUAAUUGUAUUAUGGAUGAAUACAAACGAGAAAUUGUGGAAGCUAAGCAAAUUGUAAGAAAACUCACAAUGGUUGUACUGUCUUCUGAAAAACUUGAUGAACGAGACAAAGAAAAGGAUAAAGAUGACGAGAAAGUAGAGAAGCCACCUGACAACCAAAAACUUGGUUUGUUGGAAGCUUUGUUAAAGAUUGGUGAUUGGCAGCAUGCACAGAACAUCAUGGAUCAGAUGCCUCCGUACUAUGCAGCUUCACAUAAACUAAUAGCUCUUGCUAUUUGCAAGCUCAUUCACAUAACUGUCGAGCCUCUCUACCGAAGAUUUGGUGUUCCUAAAGGUGCUAAAGGCUCACCCGUUAUUGCUUUGCAAAAUAAGAGAGCACCGAAGCAAGUAGAGAGCUUUGAAGAUUUGAGGAGGGAUGUAUUCAAUAUGUUCUGUUACCUUGGUCCUCACCUCUCACAUGAUCCCAUUUUAUUUGCAAAAGUCGUGCGCAUAGGCAAGUCAUUUAUGAAGGAGUUUCAGUCUGAUGGAAGCAAACAAGAAGAUAAAGAGAAAACGGAAGUUAUCCUUAGCUGUUUACUUAGCAUUACUGACCAGGUAUUACUUCCAUCUCUCUCUUUGAUGGACUGCAAUGCUUGCAUGUCUGAGGAACUGUGGGGAAUGUUCAAGACAUUUCCCUAUCAGCAUAGAUAUCGUCUAUAUGGCCAGUGGAAGAAUGAAACUUAUAAUGGACACCCACUUUUAGUAAAAGUUAAAGCUCAAACAAUAGACCGAGCCAAGUAUAUCAUGAAGCGUCUAACCAAGGAAAAUGUGAAGCCUUCGGGAAGACAAAUUGGCAAGCUGAGCCAUAGUAAUCCAACAAUUUUGUUUGAUUAUAUCUUGUCACAAAUCCAGAAAUACGAUAACUUAAUAACACCUGUAGUAGAUUCAUUGAAAUACCUCACUUCAUUGAAUUAUGAUGUCUUGGCCUAUUGUAUCAUUGAAGCUUUAGCUAAUCCAGAAAAGGAGAGAAUGAAACAUGAUGAUACAACCAUCUCAAGCUGGCUUCAAAGUCUGGCAAGUUUCUGUGGUGCAGUAUUCCGUAAAUACCCAAUCGAUCUUGCUGGUCUUCUUCAGUAUGUAGCCAAUCAAUUAAAGGCAGGCAAAAGUUUUGACCUACUAAUAUUGAAAGAAGUGGUACAAAAAAUGGCAGGAAUCGAAAUUACAGAGGAGAUGACGAUGGAGCAGUUAGAGGCCAUGACUGGUGGGGAGCAGCUGAAGGCUGAGGGUGGUUAUUGCCAGAUCAGAAACACUAAAAAAUCUUCUCAGAGAUUAAAGGAUGCACUACUGGACCAUGAUCUUGCUCUUCCUCUCUGUUUGCUCAUGGCACAACAGAGGAAUGGGGUAAUUUUUCAGGAGGGUGGAGAGAAACACUUGAAACUUGUGGGGAAGCUCUAUGACCAGUGUCAUGAUACCCUAGUACAGUUUGGUGGGUUUUUAGCAUCAAAUCUAAGUACAGAAGAUUAUAUAAAACGAGUGCCUUCAAUUGAUGUGCUCUGUAAUGAAUUUCACACACCUCACGAUGCAGCAUUUUUUCUGUCUAGGCCAAUGUAUGCACACCAUAUUUCAGUAAGUACAAAUGUUUUCAUUGGGGUUCAAGAGUAAUUUUGAAUGGUUUAUACAAGUAUUUGAUUGUUAAAUAUACCCUAAUUUGAUAAAUACAGAUUACUCUGAUUUUCUUUUACUAUUCUUGUCUCAGCAGUGAACAAUGAAAUGCUGUUUUAAAGAAUAGGUCUUCUAUUACUUUCUCCACAGUCAAUUCAUAGAGACCCAGCAUAUUCUCCACUCUGUUAAUUUGGAUUUUGGCCCUGUUCUUUGUUUUUAUUUUGUUUUUAAUUCUAUGCUGUUUGUGGGUUUUAGUCCAAUUUUGGGGAUGGAAUGGUUUAAUUCUAUACUGUGUGUGGUAUUCACCCCAAUCAUUGGUCCUCUUCUCUUAAACUAAGUUUCCCUCCUUAUUUCCUAUAAAGUUUCUGUUAUACAGUAGUGUAUAGCAGAAGUAUAUAGAAAAACACUAGGGAGAAAUUUGGCAUUUAGUUGAUCAUGUAAUUGAGAAUACUCUGUUAGUGUUUACAUAGGAACAACUGCUACAGUCUUAAUUGAUUUAAUGACCACUUCACUGUGUAAUUUCCUUCCUGUAUAUUCUAGAGGAUUAAUGGGAACAAAAAUGGCUUUUGAACUCCUUUAAAAUCUCUCAUUCCAGAGAAUUCACGGUUAUAUGUAGUUAAUGUCUUACAUUCUCACCUUCACCACAUCAAAAAGUCUCAUCUAGGGGUUGGGGAUUUAGCUCAGCAGUAGAGCGCUUGCAAG